AUGUCCCGAAUCAAGCGAAAUGCGUCGUCGACCAAGGCGCCUCGGAGGGAUCCGUUGGCCUCCUUGAAGCUGGCGGAUAUUGUCAUCCUGAAACCCGUGCUCCCAGCAGAGGUGAUGGCCACUGUGGUGGACUACUUGGAUAUCCCCGAUCUCCUACGAUUUGCCCGGACCUCACGCCGGAUGCUGGAGAUGGUGUAUGACGAUGCAAGGUGGAUCAAAAGACUGAGGAGCAUGGGCUGUUGGAAUGAUGCAGAAGCAAGGGCGAAAGCGGAAGCUCCCAAGACACCAUCAAAGGCUUCGGCCAGGAGACAGAGUAUGCUGGACCGCAACAUUGUGAAUGGGAAGGGCAGACCUGAUGUUCUAUUCGAUAUCGACCCAUCUCCAAUGGCCCAGCGACAGCGGCGCCAGUCCAAUCUCCUUUCACCUGUGCGAACACGACCGCCUGUGGCAGAUGGGUUUGAUACGGCAGAAUUAUCAAGUCCUGCCAAUGCGGUCGAUCGCCAUGAGGCAGCGUUGACGGUGUUUGAUCAUGUCAAAUCCGUCCGGAGACAAGCCAGAGGAGAAUACGGCAGAAUCUACAAGCAGUUGGCGCCCUACUAUAUCGACCUCCUCUCAAGUUCCAAUCCCAUGGAGAGCAGGAUAUUCCGCGAUUUUGGUGAGCCGGACAAACAAGCACAACUUCUGAUUAAUGUCCAAAGGUUUGCUGCAAGUGAUUUCUCUCCCGGCUCUAGCGAGCGGGAAGAACGGAUUGCGAAAGCAGUUGAGGCUUUUGACGCCGCGGCCUUGCUUGAAUUUCGCAGGGGUUAUGAAUACAAAGAUAUCCAAGGAAAGAUGCGUCAGUACGCCAGAGUCAUGUAUACCCUAAAUGGUGGCAAGAGUAGCGUGGAACUCUUCCUGCAUGAUAACAACCUCAUUACUCAGAAAGCAGAGUUGGGCACUGUAUCCGAUUGCAUUGAUUACGGACUCGGGCACGGUCAAUUGUCGCUGGAAAAGGUGCAGGUCUUUUUUGAAAGACUCGGAAAUGCAUACAGUCAGGAGAAGGCCAUUAUCGAAACGGUUUUCCCCAACGCCACCGAGGUUUCACUGCUUUUCCUCGAGCAGGUGGCCAAGGAUGUUUUGCUGCCCUUUCUAUCCGAACUAUUCGCUGAUGCGCAGGGUCGAGGAACGCCUACGUAUCUUCGGAUAGUGUCCGGGACAUUUGCUGCGACUAAGCAGUUCAUUGAAACCUUUGCUGUUCCCGACAACCUUGACGAUGAGAAGAAGGCGUCCCGUUGCAAUACAGUCUUGACUGAGAUCUUUGGUCCUCACCUGGAAACCUAUCUUGCAGAGGAGAUGAACUCCUUUCGGCAGAAAGCGAACACUGAGGUUGAGCAAUGGGACCGAGCACUAUCCGAACAAGCAGCCUCGACGGAGAGUUUCCUCAUGUCGAAUGUCAAUCGUCAGGCGGACAAGAAGGAUUUCAUGUCCUCGUUCAAGAAAGUGGUCAUGAUGCCCGUCAACAUUCUUCCCAGCUUUUCGGGUCCUGCAACCAACAAGACUGCCGCAAAGGCUCUGGUGAAUGGUGAUGUGACUGUUUCUUCUUCUCGGCCUUCUACUCCGAAUCUGUACGGUGCACGUACUAGUACUGCGACUCCGACCCUUCCCGCCGAAGCACCCACGACCGAAUUGGCUGCCAAAGCUGCUCUGAUGAACACCAAAUUGGAGAAUAUCCGGUCUCUCUUCUCGAUUGAGGUGGCAUUGAAUUUAGUGCAUGCCGCCAAGUCGUCUCUUGAACGAGUCGCUCAGUUCGUCGUCCUAGGAGGAGAAGCUGGCGAUGCAGCACGCAGUCAAUGUUCAGCCAUAUUCAUCGCUCUUCUCCAAUCGGUCGGGGUUCGCCACGUCAAAGCUGGCUUUGACAAGGCGAUUGAGCAUCUUUCAGCGUACAAUCCACGUGAGACGAACGCAGACGACACCACUGGGUCGGCCUCCACAUCGUCUAGGCAGGUCGCUCCGCUAGUGACGUUUUUAGAGUUGGUGAAUGUAGGCGACCUGAUCCAGCAGAUGCUAGACGUGUUCUACGAGUCGGAGCUGGUACGCUUGGGGAUUUCCAACCGAGACGACUUUCUCGACAUCAACGUGAAAGAGAAGAAGAAAUUUGAAGCGAUGCUCGAUGAACGAGUGGCUGCAGGACUAGGCAAGGGGAUCGAUGUCCUUAUGGACGAGGUCGAAUUCAUCUGUGCCACCACGCAACGUCCCACCGAUUUCUACCCUGAACUCGCCACUGUUGAGGGCAGUCCCAAUGGCGGCAGCGGCAGCGUCAAGACUGGCGGGAUGGUUCUAGAUUUCUCAGGCCAACCUACCGAGACAGCGUCGCGAGUCAUCCAGCUCGUGUCACAUCACACGAGUAUGUUGAACGGCGCGACGGACAAGUCUCUCCUGGACGUGUUUACCGCCGAAGUCGGCCUGCGUCUCUUCACCACUUUAACCAAACACAUUAAGCGCCAGCGCAUCUCGACGUUGGGUGCUUUACCCUUGUUGUCGGAUCUGACGGCCUAUGCGAAUUUCGUUGCGGGGUUCAAGAAUAACGAUCUGACUUCGUACUUUUCGGCACUCCGUGAAGUCGCGCAGAUUUUUCUCAUCGGCGGCGAAAGUGAUCGUGACGUGAGUGAGAUGGCGACCAUUAUUUCCGAUGGCGAACGGUAUAAGGGUGUCUUUACUGUUGAGGAGGUGGUUGAGUUUGCGGAGAGAAGGAGUGAUUGGUUGGUUGUUAGGGGGAGGGUCGAGGGAAAGAUUAGAGGUGAGGGAUGUCUUGUCAUGUAG